CCGCGUUCUUUUUGAAUAACUCAAAUAUCAUUCACCCACUUUUUGAUCCUUUUCAAAAAUGUCAUCAGAAGAAGUACCAAAUAACGUUGAUCAAAUACCUUCUGAACAGAAGGGAGCCUUUCACUCAUUUUUGAAAUCGCUCGCAUCCUUUUCUGGCGAUCUAUCUUCGCUUACUUGCCCAGCCUUUUUAUUAGCGCCAAACUCACUAAUCGAGUACUCUGAAUACUGGGUCAAUCGCCCCGAUCUAUUUGCCGCCAUUCCCCAAAUUGACGAUGAGCAACAGAGAAUGUUGGCCGUGCUAAAAUGGUUCAUAUCCUCAUUAAACGGCUCAUACUCCAGUAGAGUACCAAAAGGUGAAUGGGAGAAAAAGCCUUACAAUCCCGUCCUUGGCGAGCAAUACUUUAUGACAUGGGGUGCUGUCGGUGAUAGCGGGGAAACGGAUGUUGUAUGUGAGCAAGUAUCCCACCACCCUCCGAUCACUGGUUUUCACUUGCAAAACGAUACGGCCGGCGUUGUUGUCAACGGCCAUAAUGGACAAAAGACUCGAUUUUCUGGAACGUCUCUCAUAGUAGACCAAGUUGGUCAUGGUGUUAUUAAGCUGAAGACCAGAAACGACGAAUCGUAUUUGUUCACCUUGCCUUCUCUGACAGUGAAUGGAAUUUGGUAUGCAGCCCCCUAUCUAGAGUUAACGGGCUCAACGUAUAUCCAGUCCUCGACUGGAUUCUAUGUCACAAUUGACUAUUCCUCCAAAGGCUGGCUAUCGGGAUCUAAAAACAGUUUUAAGGCCUAUCUCAGAAAAAACAGUGGCUCAACCAAGGAAUAUAUUUGUAAAGUAGAAGGGCAAUGGACUGGAAAGUCUACGCUGACGCCAUAUGGAAUCAAGGGUGGUAUACCCUUUAUGGAUGUAACAGAUGGCGUUCGGCCCCCUAUGCAAAUUAAGCCCAUAGAAGAACAAGGCGAGUGGGAAUCCAGGCGAAUCUGGCAAAAGGUCUCUGACGCCAUCUUGGAAGGUGACGUAAAUAAAGCUAGCGAGGAGAAGACCAAGAUUGAAAACAAGCAAAGAGCGGAAAAGAAGGAAAGAGACGAAGCAAACCAGCAAUGGCAACCUGAAUACUUUACUUGGGUAGAGCAUGAUCCUGUUUACUCAGCAUUGGAGCAAAUGGCUACCAAAGUCAUAAAAUCCAAGCAUACCGAUGUAUCUCCUGGUGGAAGCUGGAUCUACAAGAAAGAUGCUUCACAGCUGUAAAAAAAAAUCUCGGAAGUCAAUUUUUUUCAUAUAAGCUUGGUUUGAUUUUUUCCACAAAUGCACAAUAAAGUACCAUGGUUUUUUUUUUCCUCCCCUCAUGAA